GUGUACCACGUGACUGUUUGCCACGUGCCAAAUGUCAAUAAUGUCAGUGUCAGUCAGUUUCUAUUUGUUGUUGAUUAAUUGUUCGUUUAAUUUAUGUUUAUUUAAUGAUUAAGUGUUUAAUCUUGAAUAUGGAGUGUACCGAAGUUGUGGUUUUAUUUCCUUCCGUCCACACCAUUAACUUUGUGUUAGCUCAGUUAGAAAUCAUCUCAUCAAAAUAUCAAGUAAAAUAUUAACAUUAGUAAAGAUCAUUGUGUUUUAGGCAUACACUUUUAUGGAUAAUUCUGAAGUAUUAUCAGACUGUUCUGAAUCUUCAAAAGUUUCGGAAUGUUUUUCUUCAAAUCUAUCGACGCUGUCAGGCUUGAGUGAAUAUCAAGGAGAAUUUUUGAAAUUAAAGGAACUUAUCGACCCUGAAAGUUCUUCAAACGAUGUUAAGGCAAAUAGUUCUGCAAAAAAAAAUCAUGUAAUAACAUGGUAUGAAAACCAAAUAAAAACAUUAAAUGUUCAAUUGCAAAUUUCACUCAAGGAAAAUGAGAAGUAUAGAAACCAGUUAUACAAUGUGGAGAAGAAAAAAGAUAUUUUAUAUAAUGACAAGGUCGAGGCAUUAUUGAAACAAAAUAAUCAACUCGAGAAAAAAUUGAUAGAAGCUAACAAUCAAAUUCGGAGACUUUUUAAUACCUAUGAAACAAAGAGUAGUCAAACAGACCUGCAAAAUAAAAUUUUGAAGCUUGAAAAAAGUAAUCAGGAGUUAUCUAAUCAAAAUUAUUUAUUAUCAAAUGAACUAAAGCAAUGUACUUAUCAAAAAAGUGAGGUUGAAAGUGAUUAUUAUAAUUUAAAGUCUGAAGCUAGUGAUUUAAAAUUAGAUUUAGUGACAAAGUUACACUGUAUUGAAGAAUUGAAGAAAAAAAUAUCAGACCAACAUGUUGAACUACAAAACGUGUCCCAAAACAACUUAAAAUUAAUUCACGAACUUGAUUUACUAACAACUGAGUUAGAAUAUGUCAGAAAAUCGGAAAAUUGGUACAAACACGAGCUACACCAACUGCAGAGCGAAAAAAGCAACUUGAGUACGGAACUUUUACAAAAUAAAAAAACCACAGUAGUUCAGGAGGAAAAAAUUCAAGAAAUGAAAUUAGAAUUGAGUAAUUUGAAAUGUGUUUGUGAUGAACUGCGUUUAACUUCACUAAAAGAAAAGGAGCGAAUUUUGAAACAAAUUGAAACCUCUGACGAACACUUCUCUAAGCCUGAUUUUGAAAAUGUCAAUAAUACUCGUACUAACCCUACCGUUGAUAUUGAAGGAAUUAGCAAUUAUUAUGAGGCAGUUAUUAGCGAUUUAACAAACGACGUUGCUAAAAUUAAAUCGGAUUUUGAGCAUCAACAAAAUAUUUUCAAGAGCAUUUCGAGAGAAAAUUCGGAUACUUUAGCAAAAUAUUUAUUGUUGCAAAAUCGUUUAAAAGAGAAGGAAAAUACAAUUGAGCAGUUAGAGAGCAGUAAUAAAGAUUUGAAAUUCAAAUUAUCACAAGCGAUGGAUAAGCAAGUAGAGCAGAGUCGGAAAUUGGUGGAUUUGAAUAAAAACUGCACAAAACUAGAAACUGAGUUGCAGUUAAAAAAUGAAGAAAAAGACGUUAUUGAAAAAUCAGUAAAGACAAUAAAAGAACAAUUUAAUUCGUUUAAAUGUAGUUACCAGUACUUAAAGGACGAGUUAAAUCGAAAAAACGAGGAACUAAUUCGACUGCAACAUGUGUUAACUGAAUUGGAGGAAAAUAUUACGAGAAAUGCUGAGGACGUUGCAAAAUUGAAGGAAAGGCUUACUUUUGUGGAAAGAGUGAACAAGGACGCAGAAUUUACAAAACAAAAUUAUUUAAACGAGAUUAAUUCAUUAAAUAAAAUAAUUGAAGAUUUACAAAUAAAAGAGGAAAAUAACAACAAAAGCGAUUUAAAUAAUGUCGUAAAUGGUUGUAUAACCAAUCGAAGUGAUCCGAUCAAUAUAGUUGAUGUAAUGGAAUAUAUCUGUAAAAGCUGUAAUAUCGGUGAAGAUGGUUCUUACCGCUAUCACAAUUCUAUUUCAAGUGGCAAUCACUCUGAGUAUAUUAAAUUAUUACUAAACAGAAUAGUUGCACAAUUUCAGUCUAACACGACCGAAAUUGCGACUAAAGAUCACAGCAUAAUAGAAUUAAAGCGAAAAAAUGCAAAAUUGAAAAAGUUUCUAAUGAAUCGCAUUGAAAAAUUUGAAGAGCGAUGCAAAACUUUUACUGAGAAAAGCGACGAAAAUAUGAGAAUGUUAAAAAUGUUAUGUGAAAAUAGCAAAGAGUGCGAUCAGAACCAGAAGUUCAAACACUUGCAAGCACUACUACAGGUUAAAAUACAAGAAGAGAAAGAUAAACAAAAACGAUACGAAAGAAAUUACCGCACAUUGUUACGGAAAGUUCGGGAGCAUAUGAAAGGUAGAAAUGUAGCGGAAAAACAUAAUGGAUAUUUACAAGAACUACAUAACAAUUUAUCAGACGAAUGUAACACAUUGAAGUUACAAGUAAAGAUGAAAGAAACCGAAAUAAAUAAGUUACAAAACUGCGUAGACAAUUAUUUAUCUAUUAAUGAAAAAUUGAAACAAAAUGUACUUAAACUUGAAAAGGAAUUAACAAAGCCGUGCACCAAAUGUGAAGAAGUGGAUAACUUAAAGAAGAAAAAAAGCGACCUCGCUUGUAAGGCGAAAGAUGAAGUAAUUUCACAUUUACAAGAAGAGAAUCGACAAUUGUUACUAAAAAUGUCUGCGCUUAGUGCCAAUUAUAAAAAUAAGAUGCAAACACUUGUUGAAACUAAUAACGAAUUGGGUGCCAAAUUAGCUAACUUAGAGAAAUUGUUCUCAGAAGAACAAGAUACACACGAAAUUGCUAGAAAUGAGUUAAUUCUUGUAGAAAACACUUGUUUAAAAUUUAAUAAUGAAAAGGAGCAGCUGAGUAAAAGACUGGAAAAUCUUACCGAUAAAAAUGCUUAUUUAUCUAAAGAAAUAGAACACAUGAAUUCAUGUCUUCAGCAAAAGGCUGAAGAAGUAAAUGAAUUAAAUUUACAGAAAAAACACCUUGAAAACACCUACUUGGAGAAAGAACUUAACUUGCAAAAGCUCAUAACUAGUCUAAAGAACCAACUUCUUGUUUUUAAAAAUGAAAUUGACUCAUUAAAGAAUGAAAAAUUCUUUCUACAAAGAAUGUGUAAUGACUUAAAAGUCGCUUUGAAAAUUCAUGUGGAUCACAAUAAGGCUCUGAAGGAGUAUGUUAAUAGCAGCUUUAAGGAAAAAGAAAAGUUUGACAGCAUGUCUCUUCUAUCAAAAUUUCCCAGUCCUAUGACCUACGACGAUGGUUACAUAAAUAAAUUAUUAGAAGAGAAUAAAACGCCCGUUCAAGAGGCCCCUCUUAGUGAUAUCCAAGAUUGUCUGAAUACGCUUCGAAAUGAAAUUUUUGUUUUGCAGAACCAGAUUGCUGAAAAAAAAUAUUAAUAAAGUGCAAGUAUUAAUCCAGUAUUUAUUUGUUUUAAAGAAAUAAAGCUGUUUUA